AUGCCGACCCCUGAUGCUUGCCCUUUGCGUAGUGUGGCCACCAUCUAUGACUGUACGAGAGGUUCGGUAGAUCACGCAAACCCUAGUCGAAAACGUCUCGGGGACAGCGCAACUGCCGCGUCGCUAUUGCCACCCCCGGUGAUAUGUGUGUCGUGUGAGGAAAUAGAAUUAGAGUUUGAUGACCCACCAGCUCAUUCGAUGAUUGUUUACACCCUGAACAAUAAAGAACCAGCUAUGUUCGACGUUACACCCCCGGCCUCUGCGGUACCUGUGGUGAAUUCCCCCUCUAGUUCCCCAAGCCGGCACCACCACAACCAUCACCACCACAAUCAUCACCACCACCAUCGUCAUACUCCUAUUCCUGAUUCGACAGAUAGACCAUUAGAAGGUGACCCAGGCGGACUUAACUCAUUCAUAUAUCAGCCUGGUAAGCGCAUCCGCGUGACAUUUUUAGAAUCCCGAGGGGUAUAUAUUACCGCUCGAAUCUUUAUUCCAGUUCACGGGCCUGGCGAAGAGUGGGGAGACUCCAGAAAAGUGUUAGGAUAUAGAUAUGGUCACCUUUUUCACAGAGGAUUUUUUUUUGAUGCACAUCGAUAG